AUGGUGUUUAGGACUCUUCAGGCAAAACUCACCCUGUCAGGCCCAAGAACUGCCAGACAGUACAUUGAGAAACCUGAACUACGGAUUGUUCUUGUUGGUAAAACUGGAGCUGGGAAAAGUGCAACGGGAAACACCAUCCUUGGCCCAAGAACUGCCAGACAGUACAUUGAGAAACCUGAACUACGGAUUGUUCUUGUUGGUAAAACUGGAGCUGGGAAAAGUGCAACGGGAAACACCAUCCUUGGUAAGGAACUGUUUGAGUCGAAAAUCGCAGCACAAUCAGUAACAGUGACAUGUACUGUCAGGAAAAGAGAUUGGAAUGGCAGGGACAUUGCAGUCAUUGAUACGCCUGGUCUUUUUGACACAAAAACUCCUUUAAAAGAAACUAUGAAAGAAAUAGGGCGUUGUGUGGUAGUCUCCUCCCCAGGACCGCAUGCUAUAGUUCUGGUGAUGCAGCUGGGUCGUUUCACUAAAGAAGAGAAAAAAACAGUUGAACGAAUACAAGACAUUUUUGGGGAAAAAGCUGCACAGUACAUGAUCUUCUUGUUCACUAGAAAAGAGGACUUAGGUGAUAUGACUUUACAUGAUUAUUUAAAAAGUUUAAACGACAAAGACCUUGAGAGGUUGAUGGAAAAGUGUGGGAAUCGAUGCUGCACUUUCAGCAACAAAGCGAAAGGACAGGAGCAGGAAGCCCAGAUUUCAGAGCUGAUUGAAAUGACUGAUAAGAUGGUGCAAAAGAACGGAGGCUCACAUUAUACCAAUAACAUGUACAAAUAUGCUCACAUGAAACUUCAAGAAAUAUUCAAGACACUCAGAGAAAACUGUAAGGAAGAGAUGGAAAGAAAAGAAAGAGAGCAUGAUGAGGAAUGUAAAAAUAUAGAUAAGGAGCUAAAGAAGGAAGGCUCACAUGAUGAAACCGCUCUGAAACAAAAGACACAACAGAAGGAGGCCCUAGGACAAAAACUGGAAAAAGAUUUAGAGGAAAUAAGUAGCCACUACCAGGAAAAGCUACGUAAAAUCAGGGAACAAGCUGAUGAUGUUUCUAUAAUAGAAGCCAUUUUAUUAGAAUUCACACAUACAUUUUCAAAAAUCAAAUGCUGGUGGAAGAAUGAUUGACUUACUAUAAUUUCUCCUUCUCUUGUCACUUCAUUAAUUUUUCAAUAGUCGUAAAUGGAGUUUCAGUGAUUUGUAACAAUUUAACUUC